AUGGGAAGACUUAAAGGGGGUGGUUCGGGGGGUGGAGGGAAAGACGGGGGAAAACGAACCAGGGAACACCACGAAGCCGAACUACCGCAGGAGGCAGAGGACGCUCUGCCUUCGCGUGGUCCACGGCGGCCGAGUGUAAAAGCUCGGCCUCGCUGGCCGCUCCCAGAUGAGCUGUGGAAAGACCAACUGAAACGGGAGAUCAUGGAGGAAGUAAAGGCGCAGAUGAAGGGGCUCUCACGUGAAAUCGUUACAGAGCUAAGGCAAUUUCAAGCACCCCCGAUGCACAACCAGCCCACCUCCCCUUGGACAAAUCCACGGCGCACACCUUACAACGACCGGGACGAGCGAGUCGAAGAUGGGGUUGUUGAGGUAGCCCUAGUUAACUUUGCAGAAGCCCAAAUGAACGUAGAACGGCCCCCAGGCGUGGUAGAUUUAAGUGAGCGGGCUGAUCUGUCUGAGCCACAACAGGAGCAGUUGCGCGCCCUGCUAGCCAAGUGGGGGAAGGUGUUCGCACAACAUGAGGAGGACUUUGGACGAGCAAACAUUGUCCAGCACCGGAUACCCACUGGAAACGCUGACCCAGUUCGAGAGAGGUACCGGCCUGUCCCCCCUCUCCUGUACAAGGAAGUAAAGUCACUACUCUCAGGUAUGCUGCAGCAAGGCGUAAUAAGAGAGCUGUAG